CCAAAGUUUCCCUAGUGCUGCGCGACUGGGUGAGGGUACAGCAAUUAACGGGAAUGGAGGCAGGAGAGGAGCUGUGCGAGGCGGCGAGGUCGGGUGACUUAGCCAAAGUUGAUGCUCUGAUAGACGCUGGCGCCGAUGUAUCGUAUUUCGACGGAGAAGGCCUCACUCCACUAAUGCACGGAGCGAAGCACGGCCACGCCAACAUAGUGAAGGCUCUGCUCGCAGCUGGCGCACCAUGGAACGCCCUCUCUCCUUCAAACGUCACGGCCGGUGACUUCGCCAUGGAUUCUGGCCAUCAGGAAGCAUUCGACGCUCUUCUCAACGCAGGCAUUCAAGCUGAGUUGGUCUUGGGUACAAUUGCAAGGGCUGCAAAAGAAGAUGGUGAUUCUGACAGUGACUACCUGGAAGAUAGGGUUACUUUUAGUGAGGAUAAGUUGAUGGACUCCAAUAGCAAAGCAAUCAUGAUGGCUUGGGAGAAGCCAUUGAUGGAGGCUCAUGCAAAGGCUAUUUGCUCUGGAGGUGGGCAUAUUUUGAACAUUGGAUUUGGAAUGGGCCUUAUAGACACAGCUAUUCAGCAGUACGCACCAGUUACACAUACAAUUGUUGAAGCUCACCCUGAGGUCUAUGAUCGAAUGCUUUGUACUGGGUGGGGAGAGAAGGACAAUGUAAAGAUAAUAUUUGGUCGCUGGCAAGAUAUUCUCUCACAACUUGAAUCUUAUGAUGGCAUAUUCUUUGACACUUAUGGUGAGUACUAUGAAGACAUGAGGCAAUUUCACCAGCAUCUUCCUACAUUGUUAAAGCCUGGAGGAAUCUACUCAUUCUUCAAUGGCCUUUGUGGUGGUAAUGCUUUCUUCCAUGUUGUUUAUUGCCAGUUGGUUUCUCUAGAACUAGGAAAUUUGGGUUACUCCACCCAGUUCAUUCCUUUGCCCGUUAAGGAUUGCUUGGGCGAGGAAGUCUGGGAGGGUGUGAAACACAAAUAUUGGCAGCUAGAUACAUAUUAUCUACCUGUUUGUCAAUCUUCUCAGGAUUCUGAAUAAUGUUUGGAUUAAGAUCAUAAUGUUCUCCUUUCUUCCACCAAGAGUUUAAAUGGACUUUUGAGACUA